GAGUAAAACGAUCAUGGGUUCUUCUUCUAGAAAUCUCUAUGCAGGAAUUGGAGAAGGUCAAUCAACUUCUAGGCCACCACUCUUUGAUGGCACCAAUUAUUCCUAUUGGAAGGAACGGAUGAGAAUCUAUAUCCGUUCCACCAACUUCCAAUUAUGGUUGGUCAUCAAAAACGGAGAGGAAAUCCCAAUGAAGAAAGUAGGAGAAACCACGGUUCCAAAAACCGAGGACGAGUUUGAUGCUGAGGACAUCAAGAAGAUUGAGAAUUAUGCAAUGGCCAUCAAUAUGCUAUAUUGUGCGGUCAACCCUGAUGACUGCCGAAAGAUCUCCUGUUGCACAACCGCCAAGGAGAUGUGGGUUAAGCUUGAAGUAACGUACAAAGGUACCGAUCAAGUGCGUGAAGCCAAGAUCGAUUUUCUCACCCAAGAGUAUGAAAUGUUUCGAAUGAAGGAAGGUGAGAAAAUCGACGACAUGUUUGAUUGUUUCUCAAAAAUCAUAAACGAUCUUCAUGCUCUUAAGAAGACGUAUACCAACAAGGAUCUCGUAAGGAAAAUCCUGCGAAGCCUCACCCCCGAAUGGAGGUCAAUAGCCGAUGCAAUCUAUUUAUCCAUUGGAGUCUCCAACGUCACCAUCGACGGGCUAAGAGGUAAUCUUAAAACCUAUGAAUCUAUUAUUCUAACCCCGUCUUUGGAUGAACAAAAGAAAAAGGGGAUAGCUCUCAAAGCCACCAAGGAACCGGUGGAAGAGGUCUCAAGCGAUGAUGACAACGAAUUUGGACUCGUCAUCAAGAAGUUCCACAAGUUCAUGAAGAAGGAAUUUGAGCGGAAGGGAAGGAAGCACGACGGUCCUCCCAAGUGCUACGGCUGUGGCGAGAUUGGCCACAUCAAGCGAAGGUGUCCAAAAGCCAAACACGGUAAGGACAAGCUUAGCUUCAAGAAGCAAAGGGCUUACAUCUCUGGGGGUGGCGAUUCCGGCGACGAAUCAACCGACCAAGAGGAGGACGAAGCUGCAAAUCUUUGCCUCAUGGCGCACGAAGAUCAAAACGACGACAUCCAAGAGAACAACGCUGUACAAGGGCACAAAAGCGCUGUCCCAACAGCGAUGUCCCCUGUAGAACAUCGCUGUUCUGAAUUCUCCACUAUGGGCAGAGACAAUAGCAGGGCUGCCACCUCCGGGAAAUCAAAGUCCAAAUCCCGGGCGCCUGCGACGUCCUCCGAGGAACGCCUCUACUAUGGCGAUGGGUCGUACCUCUGGUUCGAUUCCGAGGAGGAGCGCACCCGCUUUUUCACCUUUUUCUCUAAACGGGUUAUGGCUCCCACACGAAUCGUCCCGGAGCGCUUCCCGGAGUUGCAGGGCUACGACGACUUAGACGCGCAGCUUCAUCAAGCCGGCCUUUGGCCGUUCGUCUCCCGGGCUCGAAAGGAGAUCAACCCGGCACUGAUCCGGGCCUUCUACUCCAACCUCUGGCGUGAGGACGACGUCAUCUACAGCCUCCGAUGGGUAGAACUCCCCAUCGCUGUUUGGCAUGGUUCUGGAAGUAGGUUUGGCUUAGGGACCGCUUACCCAUCGAUGGGAAGAUCCUCCCAUCGCUGGGUGGGUGGUUAGCCAAAAACCCAUGGUCUUUGCCUUAACCACGGCCUAGCCAACCGAUGCAAAAACCGACCGAAAAAUCCAAAGUUCUCCAAAAUAAAAACCAAGUGUUUAAAACACUUAUUUGAUGUAUUUUGCUAAGAAAUUAAGUAAGACACU